GCAUCACUUUCAGAUUGGUUGAAUCAAUGCAGCUUUCAGUUGCCAGCAUUUGCCCAAGCUUUGCAGUAAAGAAGUGUGGGCUUUGUCUCAUAAGUCAUAACAGCAUGAUGAUAUGCAGAGUUCUAGCAAAUAAAGGUAGUUCUAUUUGUGAUGAAGAGGAAUCACAGUGAACCUGGUAGCUUUGAUGAAGUUACUGGACUUUGUUGGGGAGGAAAAAUUGUCAAACUACUAGCAGACAAGAAGAGUGCAACAAAUUGUGUGCUAAUCAUUUUUGUUCAAUUAUGUUGGUGAGUAAAAUCUGCACUCUUGUUACUCUCGCAAUGCCUAUAUAUAUAAAUAAUGAAAUUUGCGUUUGCUUAGUUCAAUUUUCUUGUCAAUCAAAAUUUUCAAAGUUGAAAACUGUCCUACAUGAUCUGUUAUUUUCUGUUUUGAUUAGAUCUUAUAUGUGUGCUCUUCUGUUAUGGACAUCACAAUUUGAUUUUUGAUCAUAGGCUCCAGCACUUUGCCUUAUCAAUUAAUCAUUGGUAGGAUAUGGAUGUUGGUUACCUAAGAUAAGAAGUUUAAUAAAAUGGGAAAUUUUAUUGCAAAAUGGGUAACCAAACUAGAUAGAUUAAUAUUGGCUAUAUUUAUAUAUUUUCUAUUCUUUUGGAUAAACAUUGAAAACUUAAAGAGGUUUGAGAUCAUUGUUAUUUGUAGGUUAUAGUUGAAUUAGAUUUGCACAAACAUAAAAGAAAAUGAAUUUAGAAUACAUGAUUACUAGCACUUCACUUUAUUUUGAGUGGUCAUAGGAAGUAACAAAUGAGAGAAGCAUACCAUUUUUGUAUAUGAUCUGUGUGAGAGAAGCAUACUGCUUGUGUAUAUGAUCUGUGUGAUACUGUCCACAGACAUUUUAUGGGACAAUAUCCCAAUUUGGAUUGAUUGAUCUCAUGUGCAUGAUUUAUACUGUUCUCUGUAUGUCAACCUAUUCCAAGGACAGACUCAGGAUUUUAAGCUAAUGGGGGCCGAAGUAUAAAGGAAAAAAAAAAAUCCAAAUAAGUAUCCAUAUAGUAUUAAAAAAUUAUAAAUACACAAAAUAGUUAUUUCUAAAUACAUUAAGAUGCAAUCAUCUACCAAAAAAGACAAAAACAAAACAAAAUAAUGUUUUAUUUUUUUAAUACUAGGUUGGCUAGGAGUUCUAUUUUUUUAUCACUUCAUUUAAAAUAAUAUAAACAACUCAUUAAAAUAAUAAAGGAAGAGAGAGAAUUUGAGUUUUUUAAUAGAAGGAAGAGAUAUAAUCUUAAUAAAAUAUUGUAUUUUAUUUUUAACAACCUGCUAUAGUCAACUGGUAUUUAUACCAGUUUACUAUAGUUGCAAAAAAUUUAGCUUUAGCUUCUCCUAUAACACAUGUUUUAUUGAGCUCCCACAAUGGGACAGUAACAAUUGGAUGUCAGUUCAACCUGCUCACCACCUUGUACUCAUCAACGGGUACACCCACAAUGGCCCUUGGUAUGAAGGAGACUCCUACCUAUCUUAUAAAGACCCAUAUGCUCUUGCAGGAUGCUGGAAGGAUUACUUCAACAAUGAACUCCUUUACGUCACUAGUGAAUUAUGGAAAGAUUACCAUUUCACAGGUAACACAAGUAGAAUUUCAGUGUUUACCACCAAGCCAUAUUCAGAAGCCUUCACUACCCAGAGGCUUGAUUAUGAUGAUCCCAGUUAGUUCACAACUCAGAACGCAGACUAUGAACCUCUACUGUAUUGUGGAUUUUGUAAUCUGUUUGACAAAUAUCAUGAACAUGGCUGUGAUUAUAAUCCUUCUGAAUGGGAUCCAUAUGAUGGGUAUCCAUCUGGUACUUCCGACUAAGAGAGUCCGAACACUUCCAGAAAUGACCCCAGGAUGCUCUAGAACAGCUCCAGAAGACCAGGAUGCUCCAGAACAGCUCCAGAAGCCCCAGAAUAGCUCAAGAACCACCUUUGCAAAUCCGGUUACUAUUCCAGAACAGUACCCGCACCAGCAAAGCUGCCGACAAGCUACUAUUCACCACACAGUACCAGAACACUGUGCAGAGUUACUAUUCAGAAAAGCAAGGGGACAGAACACUGUUCACUCAACAGUGCCCUGAUAGAAUCAUUGAAGUUACUAUUUACUUUCGGCUAAAAAGAUAUUCACCCAAGAGUAAAAGCAGUUUACCUUCCAUGAUUUUCGCAAUCUCCUGAACGGAUCCAAGGCUUCCUCCAGCUAUAAAAGGAACCCUUUGCUUCAGUCUUCAGCAAGCUUAGUUCAAUACUAUCUCAGAGCUCCAGUUUUACUUUGUAAUAGAAAUACUUUGUAACCCUAAAUGGCUCUCUUCUCUUCUCCCCUAGUUUACACUUAUACCAGAACUACAUUUGUAACCUAUUUAAGCUUCCGCACCGAGACCGCCCAUUUGAACGGCACUCUCCCCCUUUGUCUGUAGCUUACCCCACUUGGUAUCAGAGCCAAGUUUGUGGCCGACAGUAAGUGUUGUAAGUUACUGUAAUUGUUUUGAUAUUCAAUCAAGUUGGCAGGUUAUACCACCAUAGUUAUCCAUUAUUUUGUGGUUAUACAUUAUUUUUAGUAUGUUAUCUCUAACAAACAUUAUUUUGUUUUACAUUUAUUUUUUGAUAGCA